AUGAUUUAUUACCAUGGGCUGGAAUGGCUCAUUGAAGACUGGUUGGAAACAACGAAUGAAUUAAUCGACGAUCCCGAUCAAAUCCCAGUCCCAAGUGAGAACUUAAUCGCUGAGCGAGGUGUCACGAACUUUGAACCCACACUUUGCGCAGCUGAACCGGAUGCCGCCCAAGCUGCAGCUACAACCUGGGAUGAUCAACCAGUACUGUGGAAUUCGAGAUUUGAUAGCGACACAUUUACAGCCUUGAUUUCGAGGAACGAUAAAUCCAGCGGAUUGCAGUCAGCAGCUGAUUUGGAGCAACUGAAGCACAUCCAGCAGAAGCCCAUCACUUCCUAA